AUGGUGGACGACAACCCCAUCGGCGUCGGCAUUAUUGGCGCGGGCCGGAUCGGGCUCGUGCACCUCGAGGCGCUGUCGUCGUGCCCCGACGCGCGGCCGGUGAUCAUCUCCAACCCGACGCUGUCCAAGGCCAAGGCAGCCGCCGAGACCUACCCCGGCAUGGCGUGGACCAGCGACGAUACGGAGGUGAUCAACCACCCCGACGUCGACGCGGUUUGGAUCUGCUCGCCGUCGCAGGCCUCGCCUGAUUCGCCCCUCCGCGCCUCCGCCGCCCCCCCGAUCGCCACCGACUUGGCCGAGACCAUCAAGGCGGCGGUCAACCUCUGCCGCGCCAAGGGCGUGAAGCUGAUGACGGCGCUGCAGCGGCGGUUCGACCCGAACUUCUCCCGCGUCAAGCGCUCGAUCGCCGAGGGCACCAUCGGCGAGACGAUCGUGGUGAAGCUCUGCUCGCGCGACCCCGCGCCGCCGCCGCUCAAGUACGUGCAGGGCGGCGGCGGCAUCUUCAAGGACAUGGCGAUCCACGACCUCGAGCUGGCCCGCUGCCCGCGUGUCUUCUGUUUGUCGGCACUGUGUUUCUCUUUUUCCCAGGCGAUCCACGACCUCGACAUGGCCCGCUUCCUGAUGGCGUCGGAGCCCGUCGCCACUCUGGAGGUAUGGGACCAGGCGCCGUACGGGUACGACCAGCGCGCCGAGGUGCUCGGCACAAAGGGCAUGAUGAUGACCGACAACAUGCACCCCUCCACCGCUCGCAUCCUCUCGGACAACCAAUCGUGGGUCGUGACAGGCCACGCCGACAUGCCGUACGACUUCUUCAUGUCGCGCUACAAGGAGGCGUACAAGCAGGAGACGCUCGCCUUCGUGCGGGCGCUGCGGCGGGACGAGCCAGCGCCGUGCUCCGGCCGCGACGGGCUGGUGGCGCUGAUCAUGGCCAUCGGGGCGGGCAUCUCUGCAGAGGAAGGGCGGUGGGUCCGGUUCGAGGAGGUGAGAUCUCCCCCAUAUCUCCCCACGCCUCCCCACACCUCCCCACACCUCCCCGUUCUCCCCAUCUCCCCACACCUCCCCACACCUCCCCACACCUCCCGGUAUCUCCCCAUAUCUCCCGUCGCUGACCGCGCGGUGCCCGCCCCUGCGCCAGGUGCUGCAGCGCGAGGGCAUCGGAGGCAUGAGGGUGUCGGAGGAGGGGGGCGAGACGGCAGGCGGCGGCGCCGGCUGGAUCAGCACCAUGCUCGGAUCGGUCACGCCGUCGGCGAGAUCUAG